AUGCCGGCAGUAAACACAUGGCAGGCUGAAGCUGAUGUUCUCGUGAAAGCAAGAUGUAUUGGCAGCUGGCACUUAGAUGUGUGGUGGGGUGACGCCGGAAGCACAAACCAGAUUCCUCAUUGCUCCUCCAAUUACCCAUGCCGCCGGGAGACACUCACAGGAUAUUCCCCCAAUCAACGUGCAGGCCGCGUAAAACUCAUGGUUUUCUGCUAUAGCUUUGUCCGCCGGGUUUACAAUACGUCUUUGGUCAAAAUCCUCACAACUACGAUUAUCGACCCAUCGAAUGCCAGUAACGAAACACUAGGAUUAUUAGACAUGGCCACAUCGAGAAUCUCCAAUGCCGCAUGCUUCAUAGGUCUGCUUUUCGCUUCUACAUGGCUGACCAGAACGCACGCGAAACCUCCACCAUCCGAUACUCUGUGGCAAGUAUCACCGCCAUUGGACUAUAACGAUAAGCUCUUUGCGGGAUGGAAGCAGAUAUCGGUUGAAGCAGAGAUUCAAAUAUACAACGGAGUGGCCGAGAAUCGUACAUACGCGCACCAUCCGGAACUGUUUGCUAUCGGUUCCGAUGUCCUCCUCAUUUACUCCUCUGCCCCAGUCGACGAGGAUAGUAUGGGCCAAGAUAUAUGGAUCUCGACUUCAAGCGACAAUGGAUCAUCUUGGAGCUCUGGGAGAAGCCUAAUGCCGGCUGCUCUUCUUCCAAACCAGACAGAGACGCACAACUGGAAGUAUUGGUGUGACCGAGGCAUUGCUCAGCGUGCAUGGCAGGCGUUGACCUUUGUGCACCUCGAGGGCGAACUUUACGCCGUUGGCCAAUCAGGCAGUAGGUGGUGUCCAGGGCGGUGGGCAGCUGCAGGUCGAAUCGCACGCAAAGUUUCUCUCAGCGGAGAACCGCUUGCGGACCCCUGUUGGCUGGAACAGAAUGACUUCACAAAAUCCGAAUUGUACGCAGAGACCGUCUACGGCACUGAGUAUGGCAUGGAAUACUGCGCCAGAGCCUGCGAAAUCAACGCGGUUUUGCGAAAGCCGGAUGAGGCACCGGCUUGGUCGCCAUGGCUUUACAAUAACGGUCUAUAUGCCGCUGAUGGAUUGCAUCAAAUGGAAGAACAGACAUUUGCUGUUUGGCACAACGACAGUGACUCAUCUACAGGAGGGUACUGGCAACGACAUUGGCGCGACAUCACUUCAGAGGCAAAUAACACCCACUCAGUCUGGGUUGAGUACAACGCAGAUCCGAAAGGGAACGGCUGGUAUCCCAAAAUCUUGAACUCGCACGGCAAUGCAAUACAUCAAACAAACAUACCGGAUGCGAAGACAAAACAAUUUCUGGGGAAGCUCGACGGUACCGGCGACAGAUUUCUGUUGUCAAACCCAAGAUACAAUGCUGCAGAUCCUCAACGACAGCCACUGACCUUAGCAUUAUCUCGUGGAGCCGACCAGACUUAUAAGUCGAUUGGUGUGUUGAGAACAAAUGCGACAAAGGCGAUUGUCCCGGAUACGCGUGAUGGAAUCAAGAAUCGGGCGUUUGGCUUCAGCUAUCCUAGCGCAGUUCAGGUUGGCAGGAAACUGCUGAUUGCUUACAGCGAGAACAAGGAGAACAUUUGGCAGUAUUAUGGUAGAAUUGGUAAUAAGGAGGCAGCGAAGAAAUCGAAGAGUCCAUUCCACAUCAGCGAGACUAGCUCCAGUGUAUUCAAAUGCGAAGUUGAGGGCCAAGCUAAUUAUGACGUCAAUGACUGGAGGUGUACUUCUGGUGUGCGGUCAACCUGCAGUCGUACCCAGCACAGAUCUGUCACCAUUGGCCACGGAUGGUCCCGGCUUUCCGCGGAAUACAAAUCCCGGCAUUUCCACGACAUUAAAGUAACGCGUCAGGUCUACAGUAUACCUUCACAGCCUGGACUUAACAUUGCGCCAAAUUCCAUCAUUCUGUCAUCAAAAUUAUUCAUUAUGCCCGAGAAACUUCUUUUCACGGGCGCCACAGGCUUUAUAGGUGGCACUGUUCUGACACAGCUCCUAAACUCUUCUAACAAAGACAUCAAUGCACUGUCGAUUACCGCUUUAGUUCGGGGGCAAGAACAAGCGGAUAUUCUGAGCCAAAAAGGCAUCCAUGCCGUCCUCUUUACGGGCCUAGAUGACUCUCAAUUUUUGACGAAGAUUGCAAGUGAGCACGACUACGUUAUCCACACACCAACUGGCUUCCAUACAGGCUCGGCUGUAGCUCUUUUGGAAGGGCUAGCGGAGCGGAAGAAGCAGACGGGAAGAGAUGUCCACUUCGUUCACACAUCGGGAACGUCCAACCUUGCUGAAAGAACGAUCACCCAGCGGUCGGGUGACAUUCAUCAAUGGUCAGAUAAGGAGAAGGUAUACGAAUAUGAAGAAAAGAAAGAAUCCCAGGAGGCUUACGGCCAGCGAACAACAGAUAUUGCUGUUGUUAGGACUGCAGAGAAGACCGGAGUCAAAGCAUACAUCAUGAUGCCCCCCACAGUCUACGGGCGUGGCACCGGCCUCUUCAAUCAAGGAUCCAUGCAAAUUCCUAGCAUCAUUCGUGGCGCGAUCAAGGCCGGCGUCCCUGAAUACGUCGGCGGGGGCACAGCCCGUCUUGGGCAUGUCCAUGUUACGGAUCUUGCAAUGCUGUACGAGCUUAUUUUGAGCAAGGUCCUCUCUGGAGAGACGAUUCCUUCAGGCAGGAGAGGUAUUUACUUCUCUAACACUGGCAGUCACAAUUGGCGAGAUCUUGCGGGCUUGGUUGGUAAAGCAGGUGCCUCGCUUGGUGCUUUGGAGUCAAGAGAGCCUCGUUCGGUGAGCUUGGAAGAAGCUGGAUCAAGAUGGCUGAAUGCGACACCCCAGAUUGCGGAGAUGAAUUAUGCUGCACACUCUUCUACGAAGCCUGUUUUGGCACCAGAGCUCGGUUGGAGGCCCACGAAGACAGAGGCCGAUUGGGAAGCUUCGUUUGUAGAGGCGUUUCAAAUGGUUUUGGACGAGCAGGCCCAGUAA